GUUCUGUAAUUUAGCGGGGAAAAGAAACCUUAGCAUUUAGCAAGCUCACUUCUGCUCCAUCUCACUCUCUCGAGCAGCCUGACCCCCGCCUCCCUCGCUCUCGCCGCCGGCCAUCACCCUGGUCUCGAGCUGACAGCCACAGUAAGCUCCUCCGGCGAGACCCACGGCCUUUCGAAGCCUCUUCAACGAACCCACGGCCCCUCCCGCGCAACUGCACGGCGGUGAUUUUCAUCUGCGACGGCGCAACCUCCACAGCGCGGCGCGGAACCCUCCUACUCUCCUUCCCCGUCUUUUCAAUAUUCGGCAAACCGGACCCGCACAGCAUCGUCCUUGCAGCGAAUUCGGCGAUGGCACGUUGACAGACUCCGAACGACCCAGGUUCGCGGUACCCUAUCCCUAUCGGCAUCAGUUAUGCGCGCACGAACCAUUCUGACUGUAGAUCUGGUCCUUUUCAACACCGAUUCACAGGAGGGCUCGAUAGAUUCUGUGAAUGAAAUGCUAAUGGAAUUGGCUAAAGAAGGUCAUGCUGAUAUGAGUUCAGAGGGAAAGCCUAAUGACAUGGCACUUAUUUCCACUGCAUAACCAGUAGCUUUCAAAAAUUAUUAACAGAUUCAGAAUGAGCAGAUUAAUCAAAGACUUAUAGACUUAGAGUCAAGAUCCAGCGUACAAUUUUAAAUAUUUUAGUGUAAUUGGAGAGAGAGAAUAGACCUCUUCUGAAGGAUAUAAAUAAAUGGGGUACAUGAUCUAUUUCGAUAGAAUCAAAUUUGGGUGAGCUGAGUUCUUCGGAUUUAUUUAUAUCUAUUCAAAGUUUUGAAUUCGAACUCUCUUAUCCUUCUUCUACAAUGUAUCUGAAAGAAGGAUGCUCCUUAUUGCUGAAGAUUCAGAAACCUUUGAUGCCAUUCGUGCUAAAUUCCAGCCCCAUCCUCUGCCCCCGUGAGCCCAAUAAGCAACACCUUCAAGAAUACGAGGUGAUCAAACGAUUGAAAAAGGAGCGCAAUCUUUCAUCAGCAUUAGAAUACUUCAGGACCAUAGCCAAUUCAAAUGCCUUCAAGCACACCGCAUCAACCUACAAACUCAUGAUCGAGAAGCUCGGGCGUGAAUGUGAGAUGGAUGUGGUGCAAUACAUUUUACAGCAAAUGAAGAUGGAUGGCAUCAAUUGCUGCGAAGAUUUGUUCAUAUGUAUAAUAAAUAGUCAUAAACGUGCUGGCUCUGCCGAGCAAGUUCUGAAGAUGUUCUAUCGAAUUGGAGAAUUUGGGUGCAAGCCGACAGUGAAGAUAUACAAUCAUCUAUUGGACGCACUACUGAGUGAAAAUAGGUUUCAGAUGAUCAAUCCCUUGUAUACUAAUAUGAAGAAAGAUGGGUUGAUUCCUAAUGUCUUCACAUACAAUAUACUUUUGAAGGCGCUGUGCAAGAAUGAUCGGAUAGAUGCUGCACAUAAGCUGCUUGUGGAAAUGUCUAGUAAAGGUUGCCCACCUGACGUGGUAAGUUAUACGACUAUGGUGGCUUCACUGUGUAAAACGGGUAAGGUUGAUGAUGCUAGGGAGCUAGCAGGGAGAUUUAAACCAAGUGUUUCUGUUUAUAAUGCUUUGAUUGAUGGGAUGUGCAAAGAAGGAAGAAUUGAAGCAGCGAUGAAGUUGUUGGGUGAAAUGAUGGAGAAUGGAGUUGACCCUGAUGUGGUCUCAUAUUCAAGUAUUAUAAAUUCUCUUUGUGAUUCGGGGAAUGUUGAGUUGGCUUUUGCAUUUUUGGCUCAAAUGUUUUCCAGAGGUUGUAGUCCCAAUAUCCACACUUUUACGCCAUUGAUAAAGGGUUGUUUCAUGAGAGGGAGAUUUUAUGAAGCUCUCGACUUGUGGAAGCUUAUGACACUGGAUGGUUAUGAGCCCAAUGUAGUUGCUUACAACACUCUGAUUCACGGUCUUUGCAAUAGUGGGAAUUUGGUUGAAGCCUUGUCAGUUAGCCAUCAGAUGGAGAGCAGUGGCUGCAUCCCUAAUGUGACUACUUAUAGCACUCUACUUGAUGGUUUUGCAAAAGCUGGUAAUUUGGUUGGUGCGUCYGAGACAUGGAAUAGGAUGAUAUACCAUGGGUGCCGUCCUAAUGUGGUGGCUUAUACUUGCAUGGUGGAUGUCCUUUGUAAAAACUUGAUGUUUGACCAGGCCUAUUCUAUUAUGGAGAAGAUGACUAUUGAGGGUUGCCCUCCAAAUACUGUUACGUUCAACACAUUUAUCAAGGGUUUAUGUGGAAAUGGAAGAGUAGAAUGGGCAAUGAAAGUGCUCGAUCGAAUGCAAGGGAAUGAGUGUUUUCCUAAUAUCACAACUUACAACGAGUUGCUUGAUGCUUUCUUUAGGAUGAACAAAUAUGAAGAAGCUUUUGAGCUUUUCCAAGAGAUAGAAGAAAGAGAUUUACAGCCAAAUUUGGUGACUUAUAAUACCAUUUUAUAUGGUUUUUCUCGUGCUGGGAUGCUUGGGGAGGCAUUGCAGCUUGUUUGCAAGAUACUUGUGGGGGGAACUUCCCCUGAUUCCAUUACGUACAAUACAAUGAUACAUGCCUACUGCAAGAAGGGGAAGGUUAAGAAUGCAGUUCAACUGGUGGAGCGAGUUAGUUCUACGAAGGAGUGGCAUCCAGAUAUCAUUACAUACACUAGCCUUGUAUGGGGUGCCUGCAAUUGGAUAAAUAUAGAAGAAGCCAUGACCUAUCUUCACAAAGCCAUUAAUCAAGGGAUCUGCCCCAACUUUGCCACAUGGAAUGUAUUGGUUCAGUGUUUCUUCGACUCUUUAGGUCAUAUGGGACCAAUCCACAUUCUGGAUGAUAUUCUGGGAAAGGGAUAAAGGUGGUGGGUCUGGAAGAUGGUCAUACAGCCAAUUUCAGAUGUAGUUGUGAACUCUUGUUUCAUGUAUAUAUUGAGAGGUUUUUGCUGGAAGUUGGAACCCACUUGUAAUUCUCAAGGAAAAGACUGGAGGAUUUCAUUUACAAUCAUCAGAUUCUGUGAAUGAAAUGGUAAUGGAAUCGGCUGAAGAAAGUUAUGUUCAUACUAGUUCRGAGGGAAAGCCUAAUGACACGGAUGAGAACAMCGGUGAGAACAAGGAGUGGACUAGACAUUGUUUAUUGUUUCUUCCUUUAAUUCUUUCCUUUAUGUAGUUUUUGUGCUCUACAUGUUAGUUUGUAGAUUAAGAGGUAUAAUUCUGUUCUUUAUCAUGCUAGAAAUAAAAGCACGUGUUGAUGCCAUGUGGGAGCAAAUGAAUAAAUAUCUAAUUAAAUGCUAAAAGGUUUGUCAACCAAACGAUGUCCAGUUGUGAAUAGAAACUCAAAGAAGCCAUCCAAUGUAAAAAUUCACAUUCUUCUCUUUCAUAAUGAGGUAGAUAAAAAAAGAAAGGGAAAAUUUCUGUCUUACCUUUUUCUCUCCCCACAUCCCCCGUCUAGAAUUGGAUUGCAUAUCUUGGUAUGGCAUCAAAGAAGAUUGAACCUCAAGGAAAAGAUAUAUCAUCGGAAGGAUCCAAGGUUCUGUAGAACAAAGUUGAGAUCACAGAGGUCAGAGACUUUGCGGGCCAAAAUGUUGAAACUAAGAAGUUUGUAGAUGCUGAUUCAAAGGAGGUAUAUCAGAAGACAAAGGCAGGUUUUACUUGAGGGGUUGAUGCAGUUCUGGAACAAAUUAAGAAGAAACAAAAGCUCAGUGUUCUGGACAAGACAAGAAAGGACUGGGGAGAGUUCAAGGAAGAAAAUAAGGGACUGGAAGAGGACUUGGAUGCUUACAGGAAGAGCUGAAGCCAGUGCCUGGAGAAAGUUUCUGUUCUGCAGCUAACAAAUUUACAGGGAAUUUGAACGAGGGAUGCAUGGUUGGCUUUGCAGGCCAGGAGGAGGCCUGAUAUGCGAGAGGAGCCAUGAUUACCUGAAGGAAUUUCCUCUAAUCGUUAAGGUUCUAGAUUUCUUGUGCGGAUAUGAUGAUUCAGAAUGAUACUGGUUUAGCUUGUACCCUUGGCGCGUUCAAAUUUGCUUGGCAAAAACUGCAACUUGUGUGGUACAACCAUCAGAAUUCCUGUAGCAGCUAUCUUUCAUUCUUCUGUUAUGUAUAGAUAUGUCUCUGAGCUUCAGUUUAAAUAUUCCCCAUUUGGCAAAAAA